CAGAAGGUCGUCGAGCGAUGGCGUACGUGCCUAUAAAACCCAUGCACCAGCUGCCGCUUUGCUCAUCAGAGUGCACUCUCUCUCUUAGGCUGAGCAGUGAUCGCCGUUGACGACGAACGCCGCAAGCUGGUUCCGAUGGUGCUCUCGAUGGCGGCUCACCGGUGGAAGCUCUUGACGACGCUUGUCGUCGUACCGUGCUUCAGCAUCCUGCUGGAGACAGCCGAGGGGAUGCCGUGGCUGUGGCCGCCGAGCGGCGGGUGGAACGACCCCUAUUGCCUGAGCUGGCGCGUGAUGGUGGAGGCCAACAACGCCAAGGGGUGGCGCGUUGUGCCUCCGCCGUGCGUGGGCUACGUCCAGGGCUACAUGGCCUGGGGCCAGUACCGCUGGGACGUGGGCAGCGUCGCGGACCAGGCCGCCGCCUACGCAGCCGAGAUCGCGCCCGCCGGCGCCGACGGCCUCGACGCGUGGGUCCUCGACGUCGACGACACCUGCCUGUCCAACCUGCUGUAUUACCAGGCAAAGCAGUUCGGGGCGUAUGAUCCGGUGGCGUUCAGGAUGUGGGCGAGCAGAGGGAUCUGCCCGGGGAUACCUGCGAUGCAGCAGCUGUUCCAGAAGCUGAAAGGCGAAGGGUUCAGGGUCUUCCUUGUGACGGGGAGGGAUGAAGAGACUCUGGGCUCGAGCACAGCCGCCAAUUUGGUCGCUGCCGGCUUCUCGGGAUACGACCGGCUCAUCAUGAGAGGUGCGGGUUACCGUGGGCAGAGCUCGGUGGCGUUCAAGUCGGCGAUGAGGAGGCAGCUGGUGGAGGAGGGGUACCGGAUCCGCGGCAACGUCGGCGACCAGUGGAGCGACCUGCAGGGCGACUGCACCGGCGAACGCGUGUUCAAAGUGCCCAACCCCAUGUAUUUCGUGCCAUGAUCGCGUACUCGUCAACCUUGAGAUCGAGCGCGUUGGUAGUUGCAUGUACGUAUACUUGGCAGUCUGGCGCUAUAGUGGCCUUGCAUAAGGGAACAGUGGCCUGACGAAGAAACGAGCUGUUCCAAGUAGCUUGAGGAUACUGACAAAGUUUCAAAAUUUGGGCGGUUUCUGCAGACAUGAUGUGAGAACCGAAGCGUGCUGUGCAGCACGGCUUUGCAGCAUGGGUCGUCAUCACGUAGGUUGCUUUGUUUGCUAGCUACGUGUGAAUCCAUCCAAAAUUAGGUACGGACGAUAUGAUGCUAAAAAUAAAACUUUAUCAAAAUAUGCUUCAGAUUCCACAUGAAAAAGUUACGGAUGAUCAGUUUUUUUUUAACAAGGAUUUCUUCGGCUUAUAUUGAAAGAAAAAAAUGA